GCCGCAAAGCCAGAAGCCAGGCUUGGGAAGCGCAAGGAUGUCAAGCACGCUGACAGGCUGUUCCAAUUACAGAGAAGAGGGGAUUUUUAAAGGAUCGAGGAUAAAGUAUUGUCCGAGCUAAGUUAAUUCUCGUGGGCGUCGUGGGGCUUGUGAUUGGCUCAGUUAUAAUCGGUUAAUAUGAUCUAAUCUUAGCUCAUGCGUGGCCAGGUCGCUCAUGUGGAAUUCUUCGAAUUUUGGUGCUGAUGUCAGGGAAGGAAUCGAGCCAGAGGGGGAUGCUCACCGACACAACUUUGAGAAUGUAGAGCUCUAGCUGACUUUGGAAGAAAAAGACGAAUGAAUGGUUAUACGUUUGGAGACUGAUAGGUAGCUACAUAGGUACUAUAAAGCUUACAGAUAUAUUGUGUGCUGCUUCGCGUUGAACGGAAGUUUCAUACCCAAUGUAACUGAGCCAGGUCCGCCGCUAACGUGUUGGAGAAUGUGCUAGCGAGUUCAUCAUUUUACGUCGCUGUUAGCUGAUGGCCAGUGGAUUUUUAGCGCUACCUGAGGAAAUCACCAUUGUGGUCCGUGAUGUCGUAAUGCUGUUUCCAGACAUGAAUCUUGAAAUGCCGUUCUAUUCUCUAUCACGUUAACGUGCUAUCCACCGGACCAACAAGGACUGUGUUGCAAACAUGCUACCGGGCUCCAUACAGAUAACGGGAGAGACACUUUCUGGGGCCGAGGUUAAAGACAUCUGCGACAGCCUUAAGGAAAACACUGUGCGGCUACUCUCUGUGAGAGGCUGCCAGUUUUCAGACAGGGACUUCGGCCGGGUAUGCCGCGGAGUGGCAGAGUCGCAUUCCCUGGCUCAACUGAACCUGAACCUCGGCGUGGUGUCAGGCAUCACUCGGACGAAGCAGCUGGCAGAUGCACUCAAGACCAAUAGAUCGAUCCAGACACUCUUCCUGCAUGGUAGUCCCCUCCUGGACGCGGGCCUGGUGUCUCUGAACACGGCACUGUCCACUCACCCGGCGCUGGUGUGUCUGGACCUGGGCGACUGCAUGCUGGGGGACGAGGCGAUACGCAUCAUCUGUGGCAUGCUGCCGCCGGACGGGGCCAAAUCCGGUCUCCGCGAGCUGACACUGAGUGCCAACCCAGCCAUCAGCACCAAAGGCUGGGCACGGCUGGCCGUGGCUGUGGCCCACAGCUCACAGCUCCGGGUCCUCAACCUCGACUACAACCCACUGGGUGACCAGAUUGCCGGCAUGCUGGCGGUUGCCGUGGCGUCCAGUAGAACUCUGGAGGUUCUGGAUCUGGAAGGCACCGGCCUCACCAACCAAUCGGCACAGAUCUUCCUGGACAUGGUGGAGAACUACCCGACGUGUCUUCGCGUGCUGGUGCUGGCGGAGAACGACAUCAGUCCGGAGCUGCAGCAGCAGAUCGCUGACCUGCUGUCGGAGGGAGACGAGGAGGAGGACAAGGAGGCAGAGGCCCAGGGCCAGGCAUCGGACAUUGGAGGCCCUCCCCCGCCCCUGCCACUCCCGCCGCUCGCCCACGAGAAGAUCGCCUGGAUCCCGCACAGCAAGUAUUCCGCUUGACAGCAGGCGAAAGAGAGCGAGAGAGAGCGAACGAGCAAGGGGGCCAUCUGCAGCUGAGCGAUUGGGAGGAGAAACCAAACCACAUAGCUAUUACGCGCGGCCACACUCCCUCUAUUUCCCCGCUCCGCUGGCCUCUCCACUGCCAGGAAGCCUGGAUAAUAGAAGAGGGAGGAAGAGAAGAGAAGAGAGGAGGGAAGAGGAGAGGAGAGGAGGAGGCGCACCAUCUAUAAUUAAUGAAAGGCUGCUCGAUCAAUCUACGCGAGACGCUAAGUGACCGGGACAAGCGGAGCGCCACGGAGGGUCCUCCUGCUCUUUUCAGCAUCCCAGAAGUCUAAGGAAAUGAAUGCUGUAUUUAUUUUGUUUGUUUGUUUUUUUGUUUUGGCCUGGCCUUGGCUUGUCAGUCACCCCAUCUCACCAAUCCACCCACCUCCUCAUCCUAUGCACCCGCCCCCUCACCCCUUUUACAAGGCCGAGAAAAUAGCACACACCAAAACUCAAGAAAGAGUGAUGAAAAGAUCAUUAAAGUUCAGUUAAGCACUCUGCAGACUCCUUGUUUU